AUGUUUUACCUGCUGCUCUUGACCCUUCCCCUCCUGGGAAACUCUGUCCCUCUUAUUCAAGAAAAGAGCGAGGUUAAGAUUGUUGGGGGCAGUGACGCCCAGGAAGGAGAAUGGCCGUGGCAGAUCAGUCUGAGGACGAAUUUGAGUAAUUCCUGGAAACACUUGUGUGGAGGCUCUCUCAUCCACCCCAGUUGGAUUCUGACUGCUGCACACUGCUUUUAUUUAUUUGGAAAUGAUACUGCAAGUUACAUGAUUCAAUUGAGGCAACAGAAUCUAUAUGAAAAUGACAACCUGCUGCCCCUGGAAGAGAUCAUUAUCCACCCCAAAUACGUUUAUGCCAAUGAAGGCUUUGACAUCACCCUGCUAAAGCUUCAGUCCCCUGUACAGCUGAACAAGACCAUCCAGACCAUCAAACUCCCUGAAGCUUCACAGACCUUCACCCCAGACAUGGAAUGCUGGGUGACUGGCUGGGGGGACAUUGAAACUGGAGUAAAUCUGCCCUAUCCCUACACCCUGAGAAAGGUGCGGGUCCCCGUGAUGGAUGCCCUUACCUGUGACCAGGAAUACCAUCUGGAUUCCUUCACUCCUCAAUCUCAGAGGAUCAUCCUUGAUAGCAUGAUCUGUGCUGGUGAAACUGGCAAAGAUUCCUGCCAGGGUGACUCUGGGGGAGCCCUGACCUGUAAGGUGCAAGGCUCCUGGCUCCAGGCUGGAAUAGUGAGUUGGGGAGAUCUUUGUGGUAUUCUCCACAGGCCUGGAGUCUACACUCGUGUCACAGCCUUUGUGGAUUGGAUCAACCAGCACAUCCAGUGA